AUGGGCGUCCCAAAUAACAGCCUGCAUGAGCUGGAGCGCCAGCGCCUCGAACUCGAGGGGAACAUCUCGAAGCUACAAGAUUCCCUCUACCACUGGAGGACGUGGGAGGCCGAAUACGAUGGCCUCAAAGACGAGAUGAACGAGCUGGACGACGAUGCGACAAUGGAUGACUACCUCCGAGUAGGACGCGACUUUGGUGGCUCCCUGGUCAAUGAAGAGGAGGUUAAAGUGAUUUUGGGAGAGAAACAAGGCGUGACGCGAACCAAGCAACAGGCGGUUGAUUUGGUAACGAGGCGAAUCGACUACGUGAAGCAAAAUGCGUCGACUAUAGAGAAACGGCUACGUGCGGCAGAGGAUCAACUGUACGCGCUCGACUCCCAAGAUCGGUUACCGGUGGAACCUACGGCGGACUUUCCUAUGACUGAGAUUUUCGAAGAACUCGAUGAAAAUGGCGACAUUAUUUCAAGCAAGACAACCACACCCGGCAGCGAGGCCACCGAUCUUUUGGAGGUUUUGAAGAAGGCUGGUGUGAAUGAUAUACCUGAUGUGGCUAAGGCCGAUACGCCAGUAUCGAGCUCGUCUCAGCAAGUCACUCAGACUACGGAGGAGGCGUCUUCCGCAGAUAGUCUUGGUAAAGACGAUAAAUCCGCCAGCGAGGAGCCCUCCGCCAAAUCCUUGGGAAGCGAUGCCAAGGAGACAAGCUCUGCGUUAGACCCGACCGUCGAAAUUCAUGGCGAGCGUCCUGUUAUGGAAGUCGACGAGUCUCCGGAGGAUGCUAAAUUACGCCGUGAGAUGCUCCAGUAUAGUUUGAACGAAGUCGGGUCUGUCGUGGCGGAGCUUGAGUUGGACGAAGACGCAAGUGAUAUUUCUGUCGAUGAGGACUAUGACGCUUAUGAUUAUGACGAUGACGAAGAUGAAGAGGAGGACGAAUACGGAAGGAGCACUAGGCGUGUUUUGAGCGAAGACUAUCACCGUCAGAUGCGCGAGCUGGAGGAAAAGCUCAAUGCUCGGGGAAUGUGGAAUGCCGGAAAAGACACGCAAACGCUCCCGAACGAAAUCAAGCAGGACCUAGAUCAGCCCAGUGUUGUUCGUCUCGAGAAUAAGGCAGACACGAGUAGCGAGCCAGUCAAAGAAAAGAAACCGAAGAAGAAGGUUGCUUUUGCUGACGAACUCGACAUCGCUCCGGCUUCCAAGCCUCCGGUUGUGGAGAAGAAGGUCGCUCCGGUCCGAGAGUCUAACGUGCCUGUUCUUCAGGAUGCUGUUGUUGAACGCACAGAACCUGCUCGGAAAGAAUCUGUGCAGAGUGACGCCCCGAAGAAAGUAUCCCGGUUCAAGAGUGCCCGGAAAACCAACAACGCAAUUGAAGACGCCACUGCGUCAAUAACCCAACCUAGCAACACUUCUCGACCUGCCGAACCUCGCUCGGCUCUACGCAAGACUGAGACAUCUGCCACUGGGCCAUCUCUACCUCUGUUCCCUGCGAAACCAGCGGAACCCAAGCCCUUCUCCCAGCCUAUCUCCGACAUCGUGGAGCAAGAAGACCCUACACCCAGGGGCCCCGAGGGGAAGAUUCUUGCCGAUACGCUCGUUGAACGGGAGACCCCAGCAGGUCCAGCAGUAGCACCAGAGCCCGAUGAGCUCGACGAGCAGCUGCAUAAGAAGGAGAUUGCAACAGAGUUCUACAAGAUCCGGAACCGCAUGAUCCAGCAAAAUGGCGGCUUCGUAGGCGAGGAGCCGGAAAUUGUGCCAAUUGAGACUGAGGAUGCGCCCAAACGGGUGAGCAGGUUCAAAGCUGCCCGCAUGAGCGAGAUCCAAAAGCUGCUCACCGAGUUCCUAAGCAACACAUCCAAGGCAAGAGUCAACGUCAACCGCAUCCCCCUACUCCGCACUGCACGUCGUAUAUGCUUCGAGUCCAAGCCCUUCUGA